AUGAAGAUGAAACAGGUAAUAGUGGUCAAGAGUGACCCUCCUCCUUGGGGAGGCCGAUGGAAGUUGCUGAGGACAGCCAAGAGCAAAAAUGGGGACCUGCCCUUGCCAUCUUUGGUGAAGAGAGAGGCAAAACUGCCUGGUCUUGAGCUGAGUCUGCUGUGGGAGAAGGUGUCGGUGUUAGCCAGGUCCGCUGUGCGAUGCCAUUCCCAUCCAGCCAGCCCUGCGCCCUCGGUGGAGAUGACGGCAGUGCUUGAAGGCGAUGUUUUUCGCCGGGACUGCGUGGCUGCGCCGUGCCCCGCCGGGCGCUCGCAGCCUCGCGUGGGGAGCAGCGCUGUGCCCGCUCCGGGGGCUCCUCGGGGACCGCCAGCCUCCCUGCCGCCUUCCCUGCCCUGCCAGCCGCCCUGCCAGCCUCCCUGCCAGCUCCUCCGCCCUGCCAGGCUCCUGCCCUGCCAGCCUCCCUGCGCCAUCCUCGGCGCACACGUGCCUGGCCCAGUGCCAAGAUCACAGUCAAAGGGAGUCACCCAUGAAGAUUUGUUCAUGCAGCUAAGCAAACUUUCAUGGAUAAAGUUCAAAACAGAAAAGGGAAUGAAUGCUGUGUACCCAGACACCAAUAAAUCUUCAGCUGAAGACCACUGACAGAAAUCUAUAGACCACCAGUUUGGGAAACCUCAGCUUUAAACUCUAAAUGAUUCAACGUU